AUGAAAGAAAAAGAAAUUCUUAAUUUAUAUUCAACAGAAUCUCCUUUAUACUAUAUUGAAUGGGAUAAAGUUAAUGAUCUUAAAAGUAAAUUCCCAAAUCUUGAUAUUAAUCGGGAGAUUAAGAAUAUCACACCACUUGAUUGUUCAAUUAAAUAUGGCUCAGAAUUGUGUUUCAAUUACUUGAAAAAUUUAGGAGCUAAAUACGCUAAAUACUCCGAAAAAUACGCUGUUCAAGGCGGAAAUAAAAUCAUUUUUAUGCAAAUGAUAGAAGAAGGUAAAUCAUUUGAUAACAUGAUUAAUACAGCAUUGGAUUAUCGAAACUAUGAAAUUGCUGAGUACCUUCAAUCAAAUUUAGGUCAAACAUUUGAUUCAAUAGCAGAAAGUAUGCAUUUCGGAAAUUAUCAUAUUGCAUCUUAUUUACUUACUAAUGGAGAAGAUAUCAACAAAAUUUAUAAUUUCUUUCUUUUCAUAUUUAACAUUGUUUUAUGA